AUGGAUUUCAGUGUAUCCCGCAAGAUGCGGUUCCUAGUAAUCCUCACUUGCCUCGCAAGCCAUGCAUGCGCCCUCUCCGUCGUCCCCAGUUUGACGCAUAUUCCAGCUGGUGUGCGAGCAGCAUGUCGGACGACUCUAGCCAAAAAUAUCACCCAGUGCUCAGACGAAUUUGAGAAAGAGCUACAGUUUAUUCCGUCGACCUCGUUGGCUCAGAUUUGCACCACCGAAUGCACCGGGGCGCUGUCUGCUCUCUACACGGAGGCGAUGUCGCGAUGUGGGACCGACUCGGUGGAUGUCGUAGCAAACGAUACGGUGUUAGCUACCUUCACGCCAAUCGACGUGAUAAGUACCCCUUCUCUCCUAUCUUGGGCUUAUGGGGAAACGCUGACGUUUCUUUCACGCGACGGGGGCUUCUGCAAAGACAAGCUUGAAGAUGUCACUGAAGAUGAACUGUGCUCGGAGUGUUAUAUGAAAUCGGUGCAGCUCGAGAUCAACCAGCCGGGAGAAGAUCCGGCGUACCACCAGGAUGACUUCGAUGCCUUGAAGAAAUCCUGUGGCAUCCCCACAACCUCCUAUCCGGUUACUCCGGCGCCUUCAGGUACCCCGCCUGCUGAAAUUCCAGUAUGUGCGAGCAAGUAUACUAUUAAAGCCAGUGACACUGCCAACACCAUUGCCAAAGCUCUGUCUGUCGCAACUGAUCGGCUCUUGGCAUACAAUGGCCUACCCAUCAGUUCCGAGGAGCCGUUGACGGCCGGAGACACACUCUGUCUCGAUGAAGUGUCUAAGUGCAUGAUUCACCAGGUCGUGGUGGCGGACACGUGUUCCUCGUUAAUGAAGUUGGCUGGGUCAUCGGUAGACGAACUGAUGUUGCAAUCAUGGAAUCCUACCAUAGGGACCAAGUGCGCGAAUAUCAAAACGAUGACCGGAAAGUACAUCUGCAUUGGGCCCCCGGGGCAGACCAGCACAUUCACCCCCGUGAAUCCCCCAACCACCUCGACGCCAGUGACGACCCCUACGGACACAUACACCUGGGAACCGGCGCCCGACUCCAUCACGAGUACCGUCAACAUGACGACUAUCUGGGCCUUCCCUACGGAGGUUGCGAUCGCCACGCUCACAGCCGAAGAUCCCGACCCGGCCCAAGUGACCGGCCUCUUGGAACGGUCAAAGUUCUGCCCGUUCAAUGGCGAGGACGACGAAGAGUGGGAUGAAGGUCUUGAGGAUGAGGAAUACCACCUGCACUCCUGGGAUCUGGACACCAGUUGUCUCCAUGACCACUGGGACCCUUACUGCUACCCAAACCUCUCCGACUCUGUUCUCCCCAGUCCAACCGACAUCCCGUCAUCUUGCUAUCCCACCGUCACUACUAUCAUCCCGGAUGGCUGGGUGGACCCCCUGGGCCUACUGAAUCAGGCGUCCCUGACACUUUACAAGAUCACGCUCAGCCAGUUCUACAAGUAUAACCCCAGCAUCAAUGCACAAUGCUCAAAUACGCGCGCGACAUUUGCCGUUUGCGUGCGUAUCUGGGAGGAGCCCGAAGCCCCGACGCCGACGAGCGCGGGGCCGCCUGGUCCAACGGGCACUGGGACGAGUCCGACAUGCGCGAAGUGGCAUCUUUGGGCCAAGGGAGACACUUGUAACUCUAUCGCGGCCAAAUAUAACAUUUUGGUCAGUCGGUUCCGCCAGCUUAAUCGCAGUGUCAACUCAGCGUGCGAUAAUACGGUAGUAGGCAAUGCCUAUUGUGUGGGGUAA